GUUCCUCGACAUUACCCGGAUGCAGAUGUGAUGCACCGUUGUCACGUCAUUGGCGCUCUGAAAAAUGGCAGAAUCGGAGGAGGAGGUGGACGUCUUGGUUCAGAGAGUUGUGAAAGACAUCAACAACGCGUUCAAGAAAAACCCCAACAUUGACGAGAUCGGGCUGAUCCCCUGCCCGGAGGCCCGGUACAACCGCAGCCCCAUCGUCCUGGUGGAGAACAGCCUCGGGGUGGAGAGCUGGUGCGUGAAGUUCCUGCUGCCCUACGUCCACAACAAGCUUCUGCUCUACCGCCAGCGCAAGCAGUGGCUGGACAGGGAGGCUCUGGUGGAUAUCACCUGCACUCUGCUCCUCUUGAACCCGGACUUCACCACCGCUUGGAACGUCAGGAAAGAGCUGGUCCAAUGCGGAGUGCUGAACCCAGAGAGGGAUUUGUAUUUGGGAAAGCUUGCCCUCACCAAGUUUCCCAAAAGCCCGGAGACGUGGAUCCACAGGUGUGUCUCUGUGUGUGCGUGUGCGUAUCUGGGCGAGGCCGCUGGCCGUUACCCCAGCAACUACAACGCCUGGUCCCACCGCAUAUGGGUCCUGCAGAACAUGGCCCAGGGCAACCUGAAGGUGCUGCAUGACGAGCUCUCCUCCAUGAAGCUCUGGGUGUCCAUGCACGUGUCGGACCACAGCGGCUUCCACUACCGCCAGUUCCUGCUCAAGGCCCUGGUGGGGGAGCUGAGCCAGGCGGCGGACUGGGCGUCGCCCCGCCCCUCCGCCGACCCGCGCCGCGCCCACCAGCCCAACGGCGAGGUCGCCGCGCCCAACGGCAACGGGACCGGCAACGGGACCGCCGCCGAGGACCGGCAGAGGGCCGACGUGCAGAAGCUGUUCGAGGAGGAGAUCGAGCUCUGCACCGACCUGAUAGAGUCGUACCCGGGACACGAGACGCUGUGGUGUCACCGACGACACGUCUUCUUCCUCUGGCACCACUGGCGGUCGGAGCUUUCCCAAACCGGCGGUUGCCGCGGCGACGAGUCUCCCGGCCGUUCCCCCCUCCGCCCUGCGGGGGCGGGGUCAGGAGCCGGGGAGGGCGGGGCCAAGAGCGCCCAGGCGAUGGACGUGGACGGGCCGUCGUCGGGGGGCGGGGCUGGGGCCGGGGUCGGGGGCGUGGGCGGGGCCGGGGCCGGGGGCUACACACAGGACAGCAAGCGGCUGAAGAGGGGCCCCCUCCAGCCCGGCCCCCCGGCCCUGCACUCCGAGUACAGCUUUGUCGCCAAAACCCUGAGCGGCUGCCGCUCCCCCGAGCAGAGCCGCUUCGCCACCGCCUACAGGAAGUGGCUGGACUCCGUGAUAGGUCAGUAACGCAACAAACGCUCCACCCCCCCCCCCAUCCAGCUUCUCCACACAGGAAGCAGGAAACAGGAAGUGACUGGACUCUUACCCCUGGUAGGUCAGUGACGAGCGGCGUUUUUUCCCGCCUGCAAAGUGAGCAGCUGGAUCCCUGAUAGGUCAGGUCCUUAUUGCCCCCCCACCCUUCCACCCCCCAACCCUACAGCCAGACUCUGUGAUUGGCCAGGUCCGUAAUGCUCCUGUCCCACCCCUCCAUUGUCAUUGGCCAGCGAUGGUCUGCCGGGGCCAAAUUCCCCUCCGCGAUGGAACAUCCCUUCCCCUCUCCUCUCGAGAAAGGCAGUUGGCCUUUUUACAAGGUACUUCAAUACCUCAGGUUUUUCUCUCUCUCUCUCUCUCUCUCGCUGUCUGUGAAGAGCAGUUUUACCCGCUUUCUCUCCGCCUAUUUUCAGUCUGUUCUUCAGUAUGCUUUUAAAUCUUUCGCUGUUCGUUUUGGGGGUUUUUUUUCCCCCCUUUUCCUCCUUUUGAAGUCUUCCAUAAAACGCAGCCGCUGCGUGAUAGAUGAACGGCGCUAACGCUAACUGGGCUGCGGGCCCCCUCGAGUGUUAACCAAUCAGCUUCGGGCAUCGUCCGAAAAGCCUUUCUGAAAAGGUGUCCUGCUUAACUCUAGAGUCUGUAGCUCUGUGUUCAUGUAAAUAAAUGUAUGUCUACAUG